AUGAAACUUUUAUCUAUCGUUGCUGCUCUUGUUCAGGGAAAUACUGACAUUGAAGCAAUAAAGAGCACCUUCGAGAGCGCGAUCCAAGAAAUAAUUCCAAUCGUCCGGGACUCUUCUCAAUUUGCAGGACUAUCAGAAGCAGUCAAAAGCUCAACGCUUGAAAAGCUCGAUGAAAUUACAGCCGUUGCCUCCUACUGGCAAGACUUUCUUCUUACAGAAGAGGAGCGCGUCGACUGUAGCACUGAUUCUGAUUCACAAGAAGAUGAGGAAUACUUUGGUCCAGUUCUCAGUGCCGACGAUGUCUGCCAGAGCACUGCGGACAUUUACUUCGCUCUUCAUAAAAUCAUCCGAAACUACGCCUGCUCUGAGGAGAAAAACGGAAAUAUAAUCAACGCGAAAGCGAUUCAGACCGAUCUUUUCAACAAAAUCCUCCGAAUGAACAACAAGCUUGGCUGCUCAAGAAGAAUUCUUUAUGAAAGACUGUAG